GACGUCAGAAUGAAGUUCAAUAAGUCUGUGUCCUCCUCAAGAAGGAAGAACAGGAAGCGCCAUUUCAACGCCCCCUCCCACAUCCGACGCAAGAUCAUGAGCUCACCACUUUCCAAAGACUUGAGACAGAAGCACAAUGUGCGUAGUAUGCCAAUCAGGAAAGAUGAUGAAGUACAGGUGGUGAGAGGUCACUACAAAGGUCAGCAGGUGGGCAAAGUGGUCCAGGUGUACCGUAAAAAAUACGUCAUCUACAUCGAACGUAUACAAAGAGAGAAGGCUAACGGAGCUUCUGUUCAUGUCGGCAUUCAUCCAUCAAAGGUGGUCAUUGUAAAACUGAAGAUGGACAAGGAUAGGAAGCAGAUCCUGGAGCGCAAGGCCAGAAGUAGACAGAGAGCUGACAAGGGCAAGCACACUGAAGAAUCUAUCAUGGAGACGUCAUAAACACUUUCAAGCAACUGAUUAUAAUAAAACCUUUGGGGCCC